GGCCCUCCAUGGAAGCGGUCUUUCAUGCGGAACACGUGACUGAAGAAGUAGCGAUACUGAAGACUUUCAAUUCGUGAAGACGGAUUUUCUUUUGGAGAUUUAACACAACUCUACCACGAGUCUUGAAAAAGCAUCAAACACACAUAAACACAAUAGCUGUUUGCGGUUUCCUAACAUGGAGCUGAAAUGGGCUCUUCUCUUGGGUCUCUUUCUCCCGUCAUGCAGUGGAUGUCACACUGGAUAUACAUCUUAUGAACAAAAAUGUGUUGAUGAGGAUGAGUGUGCUGUCUUCCCGGUCGUGUGUGGAGAUCACGCUCAGUGUGUGAAUACAGAGGGAAGUUACUACUGCAGAUGUCAUGAAGGAUUCGAAAUGAGCUUAACAGGACCGUGUAAAGACAUGGAUGAGUGUAAAGAUGCUCCAGAUGUUUGUGGCACAGACGGCAGCUGCUACAAUCAUCAGGGCGGAUACAGCUGCAAAUGUGACCAGGGUUACAGUAAUUAUGGCCACAACCAGUCAAAAUGUAUCGAAAUGACCUGCAAUCAGUUUGGACCCUUGUCUGUAGACCACAGGCCCAAGAAGUUGAAGCAGUUGAUGUCACUGCUGAAGAAGAGCUGUGAAUCUCUGAAUGAUCCACAUGGAGAACAUUUGACUGGAGAGGAGCUACUGCAGAAUGUGUUCAGUUCCUCUGAUGAGCUGCUGUCUGAAGGAACCAUCGCUGACGGUGAGACACUGAAUCAGUUUCUGGAUGCGGUGGAGAACAGCAUGCGUCUGAUCGGACCUCAGCUGAAAGAGCCAGUGACCAGGAUGGAGACACACAACACCUUUGCUGAGGUUGCAGUCAUGCGGGGUCAGACUCCGCCCAGUGGGCGUGUCACUCUGAGCACAGACUCCGCCCUCUUCAACACCAGCUGGGAAACAGUUGUAGGGGAAUCAUAUCCAGGUUUUGCGUUUGCGGCUCUGGUCAGUUAUAAAGAUCUGAACUCAUCCAGUGAUCUGCUCCACAAGAUGAAAAGAGAGAAACCAGAUGAUGAAGAGACACGCAUCAGUUAUCAACUCAACUCUAAAGUGGUGACAGCCGUCGUCAGUAAUGCAGAAACCAAGCAGCUGUCAGAGCCGGUGACGCUCGUCUUUACACACGAGGAGGAGAGGGCGGAGUCUGGGGGCGUGGCUUACUUCUGUGUGUACUGGGAUUAUGCUGAGGGGGUGUGGUCUGGGCGGGGCUGUGAGAGGGCGUGGUCUAACAGCACUCAUACAGCCUGCUCCUGCUCUCAUCUCAGUAGUUUCGCUGUGCUCAUGGCUCUCUAUCCUCUCCAGGAUUCGUUUGAGUUGGUGAUGAUCACUCGUGUGGGUUUAGUUCUGUCUCUGGUCUGUUUGUUUCUCUGUAUCCUGACGUUCAAGUUCUGCCGCUCCAUCCAAGGAACCCGAACCAGCAUUCAUCUCCAUCUGAGCAUCUCUCUCUUCAUCGCAGACUUCGUCUUCCUCUGUGGGAUCUCCAGCACUCACAAUCAGGUAGCGUGUGGGAUUGUGGCCGGUCUGCUUCAUUUCUUCUUCUUGUCUGCGUUCUGCUGGAUGCUGCUGGAGGGGGUUCAGAUCUACCGGAUGGUUGUGAUGGUGUUUCACACCACAUUAAAACACCUCUACAUGUAUCUGGUGGGAUACGGAGCCCCUCUCGUCAUCGUGAUCAUCUCUGCCAUCACCUUCCCAGCGGGAUACGGCACCAAACGACACUGCUGGCUCUCUCUCGAUCGUUAUUUUAUCUUGAGCUUCUUCGCGCCCGUCUGCAUCAUCGUGAUCCUCAAUGGUUUUGUCUUCAUCAUCACCAUCUGGAAACUGGCCAAAAACUUCUCCAGCCUCAAUCCAGACCUCUCCAGUCUCAAGCAGAUCAGGAGCUUUACGGUGGCCGCUGUGGCUCAGUUGUGUAUUCUUGGAGGAACGUGGAUCUUCGGUUUCUUCCUCUUCCAGGAGAAAGGGACUGAAGUCAUGUUGUACCUCUUCAUCAUCCUCAACAGCCUCCAGGGGGCGCUGAUCUUCAUCAUGCACUGCCUGCUGUCCAAACCGGUCAGGACAGAGUAUUACAAUCUGUUUGGCCGAAUGCGUCCACACAAGAAGAAAGCCAAAUAUAGAACCAGUCCCAGCCAGACCAGCAGCAGUCAGAAACCUCUACGGAGCGACGGAAGCACAGCAGAGACACACAUAUAAAACACUUGUCAUGUGCUGAUGGAUUUUACAAACUCUUCAACAUAAGAGGCAUGAAGACUUCGUGUGACAAAUGAACAUAAAGCUUUA